UUGAGAGCAAAGCACAGGGCAAAUCACAGAGCAAAGCACAGAGCGAAAUGGACGAGCCGAUACUCUCGCCCACACAGGAGCACUAUCUAAAGCGUGAGCUGCUGAAACUGCAAUGCGAAGGUGAACUGGAGAGGUUCAACAACCCUUUGGCAUUGAGAAGCUUUGGGUUCCCAUUCACGGAUGGAGACCCCAGGGAGAAGACGCUGAGCACAGCGAAGCCGAGAGAUAGCGUGGACACCAUCGACAGGGAAGUGUCGGAGACGUAUCCGAUGAUCCGCUUCUUCUUUACACGCUUUGUUGCCACGAUGCCGUUCUUAUCACCUCAACAUCAGGAUUACCAACAGUUUUGGGCUGGGAAGGUACAGGUGUUCUAUGAGCACUUCAUGUCGAUGUCGAUGAGCGAGUCCUUGGACCGUGAGGAGACCACCAAGCGUAAGAAGAUGGCCCGGAAGCUGGAGAAGCUGGUGCUGACGAUGUUCAAUUCUGGGGUUGGCACCGUCAAUGAAGCUGAGUACUAUAGCUCAGGAAAGCUUGCCCUGACCAAUGGCGUGGUUGAGAGCAAAAGGUUCCAGAAGCUGCUAUUCCCGUCGAAGGAGACGUUGCAGGCUCAUCUGGCAAAGGGCGAAUACGUCAAUGGCAUUAUGCUGAACGUCUGUGGGGUCCGGAAGCUGAAAAAGGCCAAUAACAAGUUUCUCAGUGGCUUGAACCUUGCAAAGACACAUGAGACACACUACGAGUUUGUCAUAAAGACCCAGCUGGACAUCAGCGAGAGCCAGCCGGUGUUCGUGUCCAGAAGGUACACGAGCUUCAAAGAGCUCCAUAGUAAGCUGAAGAAGAAGUUCCCAGGGAAACAACUGCCAAAAUUACCUUCUAAGGUGAAAUCCAUCAUCAGCCUUGGUGGUGAUGACGAGGGCGAAGACGACGAUGACUAUGAACGAAUUGAUGACGACGAAGAUGAAGAGGAGGAUCAUGAGGAAAGAGAGAGGGAAAUAGAGGAGGAACAGAUGGCUAAGAAACACGACGACGAGAUUAGAAAGAAUCUGUCACAAUUGUUCCAGUCUCUAAAGUUGGAUAACAGCAAGGAUUAUAAGGAUUCGAAUCCAAAGACUCCAACUAUGCCACAACACUCCCAGUUCGACUCCAAUUCGAGCCCCAAGACUCCUAAAUCUCCAAUCAAGAAGAGUGCAAUGUCGAUUCUGUCUCCUAGACAAUGGACAUCUCCAAAGAGCUCCCGUUCUUCUUCACAGGAGAAUAGGCUGCCGAGGGAAAAGACACGUGUUGGUCUGAGAUCUUACCUCAGAAAUCUGAUUAAAGACGUUGAAAUUGCACAUUGUGAUAUCCUGAGAGAGUUCUUAUUCAAGGAUAAGAUCCAUACUCUAUCGUCAGAGGAUCAGAUAGAUCUGAAGAUCAGAGAGAAUCUGGAUCUGCUACUCCUAUUGAACCAAGUUAGAUUCCAGAAAGAAUCUUAUGCUAAGAUCACAAAGCUGAAAGAGGAAUCCCUACCUCUACGUGCCAAAUUGCUGGAGUCUGAUAAUGGUUUGGUUGACUUGUUCCAGGAGUUGAAGACCAAGGAACACGUUUCUGAGCUUUCUCCAAUGCUGCGUAACUUCAUCGAAUGGUCCAAAGUGGAGAUUGCUGCGACUAUCUAUAUCAUGUUCCUGGGAAACGAUAACUCGUAUGAAUUCUAUUCACAGGUGAAGAGAUUACACAGACUUAUGCCGUAUUCAAUCAUGAUUAACAUCUUGAGAUUCACCAACCCAAUGAGUAUAAUGAAGGCGAUGAUGGAUUUGCUCAUGGCAAAUCCAUUUGGUGGUAAAUCACUCUUACAAACACUGUUCUACGGGAUCUUAUCGGAUGAUAUGAAAUCGCAGACUAAAGUCAUUACGGAGUUGGAACAAAAGAUUGGUCAUACUGAGCUCAUCGAUCGGUUGAAGUACUUUGUAUACGACUGCACAGAUAGUGAUUUGAUUGCAUCUGUUAAAAGGGAAGCAAAAGAACUGCAGUCGGAUGUUGUUCUAACUGUGAUGAUCUCUCCACAGCUGUACGAAUUGUCCUAUGUGGAUGACGAUCUCACAGGUCAAGUGUUUGAGUCCUACAAUGAGUAUAAGAGACUGCUCAUGUGUGAGGACGAUGCGGAACAGUUGGCUCUGGUUAAUCAGGAGAAGGUGGAGCUGUAUUCGAAUUUGAAAUCCCUUUACAAAUUGUACGUUAGAAAUAGGGACAAGGAGAUCAUGCAACAACUGUGGUCAGAGCCUGAGCUCAUUUCAAUCUUGAAAGAGCUAUUCACAAUGUUUUACAAACCUUUGGUAUCAUUGUUCUCCUCUGCACAUGUUGAUGUUGCCUUCCGUAAUUUUGAGAGUUUCAUGGAUGACUUGAUCCAUCUCAUCGAUCAUUUGAGCCAUGAGAUGUACGUUACAGAUACUUCCAAGAUUGUGGAUAGCAUCAUGAAAGUGAUUGAUUCCCAUGUCGAUGAGUUUUAUCAGUUUGUCCAUGAGACAUAUGUCCAUGAUAAGCAAGGGUUGUUCGACAAGCUGAUCCGAUGGAUUAGUGAUAUCCUUAGCUUCUUGAGACACGCAAAGGAUCAUCAUGCCACAACAAUGAGAAUCAACUUGCAACAGCUGCUGCAGGACUCACCAGGUGUUGAUGUUGAAGCCGUUCUCUUAGAGUUGGAUGUCAUCAUUGCUAACGUCAAGAAAAGACACGAGAAGUACCAACGCAAACUGGCUCGCGACGAAUCAAAGUCCAAGUCCCUUAUGGAACAGAACUGGAAGUCCAUAAACGAUAUCGAUGUGUUUAAGACAACUGAUUUUGGUAUAAACGAACACGAUUUGAUGGAGAUGGAAGAGGACGAUGACGAUGACGACGAGGACAACGAGCAAGAACUCGAACGCAAGAGCGUCCUUCUCCAGGAGCCAACCACUGAAAACAUCGAGAAACUUGUUCCAAAGUUUAGAGACCAGCUCAUUGAGCUGCUAAAGAGCUACUCAUAGAUCUCCUCUAUGUAUAAUAUUGCUUGAAUUGUAACUAUCUGUAUAAAUGUGUAGUGAUCACGUGACUUCUCUAUACCCUGUCACGUGUACAGACAUGUUGCCCCGACCGAUGAGCUUUGGC